CAUGUCUUUUUUCCAGCAACAACAACAUUAACACACACUUUAUAAUAGAAAAAACUGAUUACAACAUUAAAAAGUCAAGCAGAAAGCAUAAUUUUCAAUAUUUUUUCAUAAAAUUUUCAAUUAAACUCAAUAAUAUAUUAACAAAUAAUAAUGGCCAACGUUGAAGCAAAUACCGCCAGUCUGGAAUCUUUAGAUAAAGAACAAAUGAAAACAUUUUCAGAUUUUUUAAUGUCAUACAAUAAAUUAUCUGAAAUGUGUUUCACAGAUUGUGUUAGAGAUUUCACCUCCCGACAAGUGAAGGACAGCGAGGAAAAAUGUUCCUUGAAUUGUAUGGAAAAGUAUUUGAAAAUGAAUCAACGUAUAUCACAAAGAUUCCAGGAGUUCCAAAUGAUUGCCAAUGAAAAUGCUUUAGCCAUGGCUCAAAAAACCGGUAGACUGUAAGGUGGGAAUUAGAAAUUUUUAAUAUAAACACAAGGAUCGACACGAGAGUCAAGCUAUAUAAAUAAAGCUAAAGAAGUUACACAUUCUAAUUUCCUAAAGUUUUUUUCUUUUGCUUUACUUUCUUCCCUCAAUAAUUUUUUAUGUUUACUUUAUUAAUUUUUUUUUAAAAGAGAAAACUGUUAAUUUAGCAAACAAAUGUUUGUGGCAUUUUAAUAAAAUUUAAAGAAGAAACAAACUACUUUUUGAGAAAAA